UCUAAUCGGGCUUCCAACCGAAAGGGCAACUAAUUCCGAACUCCUUUCCUCCUUUCACUGCUGGAUUCAAGCACCGAGCAAGUAUCGUUAUUUUGCUUUUCAUUUUCCCUAGUUUGCUGCUCUUUUGCCGAGUUUCGUUACUGCUCUUCUGUGCGCGUUUUAGAUUCUUUUUUAUUCGUCUCAUUGCUUGUUUGUGUAUAAACUAAAGAGGCCCCAUCUUGUUUAAAAAGUUUGAAUUCAUGUCAUUUUUCUUUAGAUUCUUUCACGCUUUAGAGAUUCAAUGGCAAAAUUCUGAAAAUUGAGAUCAAAAGAAAGUGUUAUUUCUUUCACUGUUGAGUUUAGGUCAACGAUUUCUCCUCCUUUUCUGGAUCCCUCAAAAGUAUUUUAGACGUCAACGGGAAUUCUGAUCAGUGAUCAACGUUGCUGGAAAGUUAGGGGGAGGGGGAAUGAAGCAAGGGAAAGAUGGAGAGCAGUCCCAGUAGUCAUGGGGGGGAUGGUUUUGGACAUUCAAGCCACUUCUUCAAUUCCUCCACAUCCAACCUGGCCAUGUCUCUUUACCAUCUCCCUCCCCUCAUUUUCUCCUUGUUGAGUUAUUAAAUUAAUGAAUAAUUUAUAUAGGUACAGUAUGUACAAGGAGGUGUGGCAAGGAACAUAGCUGAAUGCAUGGGGAAGCUUGGAGCUGACCCUUUUUCCAUUAGUGUUUCGGGAUUUGACAUGGCAGGAACUUUGUUGAUGGAAUAUUGGAAAUCUGCAAAGCUACCUACAGAAGGCAUUAGGAGGCAUCAGGAUAUUAAGACUCCCACCAUCUGUCAUAUACUUGAUGCUACUGGCAAGGUGGCAGCUGGUGUUGCCAGUGUGGAAGCUGUUGUAAGUAGAGAUUGAAGUUGUUUGUUUUGUACAUGACUAAUAGCAGCAACUUGUAUGUUUUAAAAACUACACAGAAAAUUUAAAGGUUCUGCUCCUAUAUUGAUGGUUGGUGCGAAUUUGAGUCCUCCUGCUUUAGAAGCUUCUUGCCGAUUAGCAGCAGAGUCAAAUAUCCCAGUGUGGUUUGAACCUGUAUCAGUUGCAAAAUCUAAAAGAAUUGCUCCGAUUGUGAAGUAUAUAACUUUUGCUUCACCUAAUGAAGAUGAACUAAUUGCAAUGGCAAAUGCUUUAUCUUCUGAAAACUUAUUUCGCCCAAUUGAAAAUAAUAAAUGUUCUACGGAUACUUCGUUCCAGAUGCUAAAACCAGCAAUCUGGUUUUUGUUUCAGAAAGGUGUCAAAGUUCUUGUUUUGACUAUUGGUUCAGAUGGUGUAAUUUUAUGCACUAAAGGGGAACCAAACUCCUGGAGAAUUGAUUUGGAAAAAUCACAUCUACAUGGAUUUAGUCAACAGUUAUUUGAAACUAUGACAUCAAGCCUAGUUGGUGAAAUGCUUGCAUCCCUUUCUUCAGUUUUAGAUGUGAUGCAGAGUGUAGCAAUUGGUAUUGCUGCAGCAAAAGCUUCGGUUGAGGUGGACAGCAAUGUACCUUCUCAAUUUAGUUUGGAAACAAUUACAGUAAAUGGCCAUUCCAUCCUGCAGGUGAUGUCAAGAUUGUAUAUUCAGCUGCCAAAGUUAUGCAACAUCAAUCUAAGCUAUAAUGGUUGAGAAAGAGAAAAAAGCGACGCAAGCUUAUAUGUUUUUAGCUGUGACCAUAUCCAGUUUUCUCAGUAUAAACAAGGAAACUAACAUGUAAUUCAAUGGGAACAUAUAUUUUUUGUUUGUGAGAAGGAAUCGGAGUGGAUCACUUUUGGU